AAUUACUCUCAAGUUGCAUGCAUUUGUCAGUGCCCAAACCUGAAUUGCACACUUACACUCUGCAAAUACACACACACGCCAACACACGCCCUUUUCAAACACGCACAAGUCAACCUCAAGGUAAGCUGUCAGAGGAGUCCAGGAUGGACCUCGAGGCGCAGAUCGAGGAGAUCGCGUCAUCAGCCCAAUUCGGAGACCUGAUUGAGUUCUCGUACCCGAUCGGCUACUCGCACUGGGGCGUGUACGAUGACGACAAGCAUGUGAUCCACUUCGCUGUGGCGGACCAGGGCCAGCUCAUGAACAACUUCCGCACCUCUCUCCAAACCGUGUUCCCCCUUUGUGGCGACCUGCUGCUGGGCACCACUCGCAUUCGUCGGGUGCCGCUGUCCGAGGUCAACGUCCCCAGUGGCGUCCACAUCCUGAUCAGCAACAACCGUCACGCUUACAAGCCGUCCUCCCCUGAGGAGAUGAGGCGGCGACGCGACGCCCUGGAGGAUGAGGAGCUCACCUACAAUCUCUUCUGGCUUAAUUGCGAACACUUCGCCACAUUCGUGCGCUACGGGAAAGCCGUCUGCAACCAGAUUCCCACCAAACCCAAAAACGUCGAGACCAAGUCCGCCACCAAAGCCUUCAAGGAGAUCGUUGAUGCCAAAUACCCAAACAAAGACCCUUCCUAGCCACACACACACACACACACACACACACACACACAUUAUCAUAAACACAUUUACAAUUGUAUAAAUAAGUAAUAGUAAAAAUGAUUUUAAAAAGUAAAUUUAAACAAUUGAAACGGAGGGGCAGUGACCCGCCAGUUACAGAUGAUGAAGAAAAGCUUGCUGUGUGUGUGCGCAUAUGUCACUUGCUUCUACUUUUUAAUGAUCAUUACCGCCAUCUAUAGGACAAGAGUGGAACUCAUGAUGUUUUGGCUUGUUUGGCCUUGAUGGAGGUUCAGGUGGUCAGAUUCUUUUUUUUUUUUUACACUGACUGCCACUGAAGUGUUUACAUAAUAAAGUGGCCACUGUACUUAGGUUAACAUAAUAGACAACAUUGGGAGUCCACACCGACCUGUAAAGUACUUUUUUUUGUUUUUUAAAAAAUUAAAUUUAGUUGUAUGGGCUCAGGUCACAUAAAUGGUAAAAAAGGUUUCGAUAUAAUUCAUCUUGGUUUCACUUUGCUACUUUGCAAAAAAAAAGUGGUUUUUGAACAGGAGUGGGUACACAUUCCAUAUGCACUGAAUGUUCUCAACGUUCGUUGUUGUGACUUGAGGUGUCGGAAUGAGAUUGUAAUGCAGUCCAACCUGCUUGAAUAAACGUGUACGACUGGCUCUUAGGUGGGGGCGUGUCACCUG